AUUCAGGCCAAGGUUCACGUUUGUUUUGAUUGUCAUUAUUUAGCCCACAAAUCCAUUGAGCAUGUUCGCGGUCAACCCGCUCCGUCCAGGCUGGCUGACAUGGUCCGAGAGUUCCGCCCGGUUCACGCGUGUCAUCCUCGGGCCAAACCAAGUUCGCCAUUCCAAGGUCGCCAAACGGAGGAAGGAUACGCAAAGAAAUUUGGCCCCUCAUCUCAAAGCUUCCCACGGCAAACGGACUAACACACAGUUGGCCCUGAGUUACUUUGAUGACCACUACGGCAAGAUCUACGGCUCGCUCUGGCCCUCCUUACGCCUGGGACUACUCUCACGUACCAAAAAUGCGGCUUUGGUCAAUAAUUUCAACGUAGCCCCGCAAGUCAAAGAUCAGUUGUCGGCCUUGGGCGCAUCGAGUCUUCGCUCUUACUUACCCGGUCAAUGCCCGGUUCGAUUACCACCCACCCCGCGUCGUGCCACGCCUGCCCAACCGCCACCCGACCGUCCCACGAUCUCAGACCCCCAUGUCGAGCCUGAGGAAUCGCGUGAACCCGAAUUGCUCCCGUCCAUGCCCCUCGAUCCGGACGUACUGUACGGUCGAGUGAUUCAACCUCAGUCUCAGUCAUGGGCGGGCCACCAGACCCUCCACCAGGAUGAUUACGUCCCGCCCACGCAACUCCAAGGAUUAGACGCCGAGUUAGAGGCCGAAUUUGUGGACUCUCAACAUUACGAUAGUUACCUGUCCGUGGGAUCCGUUCAAAUCGAGAUUCGAGCUGAACCGGGUCCGUACUUCCCGCCUCAUUUGGACGCUUAUCUCUUCCCUUACUCCAGUUUUGAGGCCUUCCCGGCGCCCAAACGUACGCUAGCCGAUACCUUUAACUAUUUUUGCCUGGAUGCGGCCUCUCUGUUACCCGUGGUGGCCAUGGGUUUGGCAUCCGGUGAUCGUGUGUUGGAUAUGUGCGCGGCUCCGGGCGGUAAAUCCUUGGCCAUGUUACAAACGCUCUUGCCGUCUGAACUGAUGUGUAAUGACGAGAAUGCCAUGCGUUUGAGGCGAGUUUCACACGUCAUGGACAUGUAUCUGAAGGGCGUGAAGGAAAUGGCCGGCGUGGUGAGCUACAAGCGCCUAGAUGGGUCGCUUAUGCACUCCAUGUAUUCGAAUUACUUUGAUAAGGUCUUGUGCGAUGUGCCCUGCUUGACGGAUCGGGUGACUGCGAGGGACGAUCACAAUAACUUGUUCUCGGCUUCGAACAAACAUCACCGACUCAAUCUUCCCAUCACCCAAGCUGGGCUGCUCGUGUCCGCGUUGAAAUGUGUGAAACCCGGAGGCAGCGUGGUGUACUCCACCUGCACCUUAAGUCCCAUUCAGAAUGACGGCGUGGUAUUUACGGCACUCAAAACAAUUUGGGAGACGACCGACAUUGAAUGCUACGUUAGUGACAUGUCGGAUUUAUUCAGACCGUUUCACGAUCUGAUGCGGUUCCAUGGGGAUGGUCGCGGGGCCAAAUAUGGACAAUUGGUUUUGCCUGAUAUCACGCGCAAUUUUGGCCCCAUGUACUUGGCCCGCAUCGUGCGCACUCGGUGAAAUAUUUGAAACGUUAAUGAAAUGGAAUUUUACUGAAAACAAGACGUCAAGAAAAUAAAACCGUGUUCAAGGUUCUUUUCAA